AUGCGAGGGCUGGAGGCCACGUAUAGGAUAUGCGCCAUCAGAAUCACGUGCUCGUUCCGAACCAUCUUGGACGAAGCAGCGCUGGUCAUCGCCGGGCAAAUCCCCCUCGGUGAGCUGAUACGGGAGAGGAAGGAUAUUCACGACGCCACUCACGAUAGAGAAGCGGCCCACACAGUGGCCGAGCUGAAGGUUGCCGCCAGGAGGAGCAGCUUGGAGAACUGGCAGGCAAGCGUGCUGGGGCAGGUAGACUUCUACCUCACCCAGGCUCUGAGCGGGCACGGCUGUUUCCGCAGCUACCUCAAGCGCUUUGGCCACGAGACGGAGGAUUGGUGUCCAGAGUGUGGCACUGGUAUAGUGGAAGACGCUCAGCACGUUCUUUUUGAGUGCCACAGGUUCGGCUACGAGCGGCAGGAAUUGGAAGCCACAGCAGGGGCAAGAAUAAGCGCGGAAACUCUGGUGCCGCUGAUGCUGGCUGAGCCAAGAGUUUGGGAAGCGGCCGCGGUGUUCGCCUGUAGCGUGAUGAGAACGCUCAGGUCCCUGGAGAGAAGCUGCACCAGCUGCCAGAAGUUUCAAGCCCAGCAACGCAAGCCGGUGGUUAAGAUGAUCAUUCGGAAGGCAGAGGAACCAUUUGCAACGCUAUGCGCCGAUUUCGUUGGACCACUGCCACGAUCCAAGAAAGAGAACACCAUGCUGCUUGCAUUCCACGACACCUUUACUAAAUGGGUAGAACUGGUGCCGGAUACUCAGCCACUACGGAGUUCCGAAACAAUUUGUGUGUGA